AUGGCAAGUGCAAUACAAAAUUAAGAUAGUUUACUUAGCAAAAUAGAUAUUGUAGUUCCUUAGAGUAAUUUAGAUCAGUAGGAAGAUGAGGGAUUAGUUUACAAUAUCAAGCAUGUUAUUAUUCACAAUACAGCAGAUGAUUACCUAGACGAGCUGUAAAUUACUCAAUAAACAUAGGAAGAAUAAAUUAAAGAUAUGUGCUUUAAGAAGGCAGAUGAAUUAGUUCGCAAUUUUUCAAAAUUCUAUUCAAUGAAAUAAUAAAUAUUAGGGUUACAAGAAUAAAUGAAACAAUUUGAAAACGAAUUAGAUAUAUGCAGAAAAUAAAAUUAAUAUGAUAAACUAGAGAUAAAGCAAAAGGAGACCUUAUUGAAAAAUAUUGAUAGUACUUUAAAACUACUUCACUCAACAAAAGAAGUAGUUGAUUUAAUAUAAAAGUCGAUUGAUAACCUCAAGUUAAAGAAGUUUCAAGCAUGUAUGAGGAAUCUAAUUUAAUUGAAAAAAAUUUAAGAUUCAAAUUAUUAAGAAAACUAAAUUAUUCCAACAUUUAACUCUUUGGUUAACUAAAUAAUUCCUAUGAUUAACACUAAAAUACAUGUAUCAUUAGAAGAAAUGAUAAGAGAUUGGAUGAAAUAUUCUAAAGAAAAGUAAAAGGAAUUUGGAUAAAAUCACUUUACUCAAAUGGAAAACAUUAUAAAAGUGUAAAUUUAAGAAAAUUUUACUGGUCAAGAUAGGUUUACAAACUAAAAAUUCUCUGCUGCGAGAGAUAAUUAAAGUUUUUUUAAGAGGGAGAGCAAUAUAAAUCGAUAGAGUGUAUAUUAGCUUAAUCGUACAAGUUAUAAUAAUUAUAGAGCUUCGAAUUCCAUUUAUAACAAUGAUCCUAAAAGAACUACUAAACUAAGUAUUAUUGAAAGCCUUAAUAAUCUUCCAGGGGCAAUCCCAUUUUAAAAAGCUGAUUUUUCUAGAGCUUCAAGAGCAUCCAAAUUGAACAAUAUGAGUUUAACAAAAAAUCUAGGAAGGGAAUGGAAAACAGACUCUCCUUUAGACUUUUUUUAGCUAAAGCAACCUCAAAGCAUAUAUGAAAUGAUGAAAGAGAAAAAACUAUUUGUUGAAACAUUCAAGCAAAAUAGAAUAAGACUUCUUUUAGAAAUUAGUGAAGGAGAUAAAAUUAAAAACUCAAGAUAAUUUAGGGAAUUCUUAGAAUAGUUUGUUGGAUUUUUUGUAGUUGAGAAAGAAAUUGAAGGGGUAUUAAAAGAAGCAAGCAAUCUGCAAUAAAUGUGGGUUGAAGGAAUGAAGUACAUUGAAAAGAAAUUGAAAUCCUACUUCUGCAACCUUAGCGAAGAAAGUGAGUACAUACCUUCUAAAAACGAAAUAGUAUUAUUUUCUAAUAUUUUAUAUAAAAUUGGUUUAGAAAGUGCUUCAAUAUCACUCAUGAAAAUUAUUAAAGAUGCCCUUUUAUAAUACACAAAUACUAUAAUUUCUAAUAUUAAAUAAAACCACACUGAGAGACUUGUUAAUUGCAGUUUUGCUGAAAUAGUAGUCUAAAACUAAGACGAUUAUGAUAUUUUUUGCAGAAUAUUCGAUGUGCCUCAAAGUGCUCAGAUUAAUGAAAAUAAUAAAUCUUCUAUGCAACUUCCUUUCACAUUAAUUUUAUAAGAAAUAGCUCUUCUAAUCAACAAAUUUAUAGAAGAUAGUGUUAUAUUCUUAAAAGGUGUAUGUGAGUAUGAUUCAUUGAUUUACUCGUAACUAGACGUCUUGUAUAAAACUUUUGCAUCAAUUUUCGAAGAGUACAUCUUUCGUGAAGUUAAAACUGAAAUUUAGUUUGGAUAAAUGUUCCUUAAUUUAGACUACUUAAAAAAAUCUCCUAAAUUUUACAUCAAACAAAUAGAGUCUUAAUUACAUGUUUCUCCAAGCUAAAAAUUUGAUUGUUUUCUCUCAAUAGAUUAGAUUAAAAAUAGAUGCAUAGAAGAAAUGAUUGAAAUUAUGAGAAUAAAAAUAUCAGAUUGCAUUAUAAGGUACGCACGUGUAAAUUGGUAGCCAACACAAAAAAAUAAGAGCUGCUAAGAUUUCAUUCAUGAGCUUGUCAUGCAAAUGAUGAUAACAAUUUAGUCAUUAAGGAUGAUUAAUUUCAAUUAAAUUGAUACUAUUUUGUAUUUAUCUAUGAAAGAAAUAAAUUCUAUAAUCUGGAAAUUUUUAGUUGAAGAUUUAAAGAAUUAUAACAUAGUUGGAUUGAUAAAUCUCAGAACAGAUUUAUUGGCUAUAUUUGACAUGUGCAAAACAGAGUUUAGAUAAUAUCCAAAUUUAACUGACUGUUUGAGAGAACUUGACACAUUUUUGUUUCUAUUUCUAGACAGAAAGCCUGGUGAUUAUUUAGAAGGAAACAACAGAGAAGAAAUAUAUAUGCAUUUAGAGCCAAAAAAAUUAAUUGUUUUGUUAGAUAAAUACGUCGUAAAUAAAAUUCAUUAUUAUUUUUUAAAUUUUAUCAUUUUAUAUUUUAGAAAUACGAGCUUCCAGGGCUAAGAAAUCCAGUACCUAGGAAGAGAGAAUGUGCUGCUAUUUCAAAAAAAUUAAAAGAAGAAUUAGGCAUUUAUAAAUGAAAGCUAUUAAAUAUUUAUAAUUAUCUAUAAACUAUUAUUAUUAAAAAAUAUGUAUUUAGUUUUUUUUUCAAUCUACCUCUUUCUAUAAGUAUGCUAUUUAAUUUUUAAUAUUUUUACUCUCUUAAAUCUUCUAAAAUAAGUUAAUAAAAUUGAUUAUCAUAUUUUAAAUUUUAUCAUUUUUUAAAUUAGAAAUACGUUCUUCCUUGAUUUAGAAAUCCGUUCCUAGAAAGAGGGAGUUUGUUGUAAUUUCUAAUAAAUUAAAUGA